AUGAAGAACAAAAGUGAGGAAUUCUUCUGGAAUCAUCCAUUGGCGUUCUGGUUACAUGACUGCGCCAUUGGUGAUCCACCUCUGAUACCUGAAAAAGAAUGGAGAAUGAAGAAUCGAUACAACUGUGCGGAAGUAUAUAUCGAAGAAAUUCUGGAUGGGCUUCUCAUGUCUAGUCUGAUGAGAUAUAUCGAUCCCAAUUGUCCUGCUUCAUACAACUCCCUGGAUUUUUCUGAAAAUGGAAAAAGCAAAAAAGUGUGGAAUCAAUUUCAGCAUUUGUUGAUUCAUAUAAAUCGAUUUUAUGAGACAAACUUGGAGCAAAUAAUUGUGUGCCGUCUUCCUGAUUUGCACAUUUUGACUCGAAUAGAGUUUGAUGAAAACUCGCAAGAAGAGCUCAAAAAGUUAUUACUACUCCUUCUUGGGUGUGCUAUACAAAGUGAUAAAAAGAAGGUUUUUGUGGAACGUAUCACAGGAUUUAAUCAAGAAAUCCAAGCCGGUCUGGCCAGAUAUAUUCAACAAUUAACAGAAGGAAAACAAAUUGUCAAACAUUUGAACGAUUUCUCGAGAAUGAGGGAGCGGGAAGAUCUUGAUGAGGGUGGAGGUGCUAUUGGGAGCGUAGAGGAAAUAGACACUGACGAUUUGGAAAGCACCACUACGACUAGUUCAAAUGGAGAAAUAUGCAACAAACAUAAAGAUCAAAGUUUCUUGAUGAGCCGAUCAACGUCACCAACUUCUGAAACACGGCAUUUAUCUUUGCAAAUGGCAAACUUACAACAUGAAAUGCGGCAGUUAAGAACACAAGCUGAGAAUAAAGAUGAAGAAUGUCGGAAACUAGAAAUUGAGCUAGAAGAAAAAUCUAGAAGGAUAAGUUUUCUGGAAAAUGAGCGAUUAAAACUUCUGGAGAAAGAGAGGAUGGUUAAGGAACUCGAUGAUGAUCUCCAAGCGGCUCGGUGCCGAAUUGAAAAACUACAGCAGCUGGAACAUAUGGAGAAAAAGUUUAAAGAAGCAAGAGAUGAGAAGGAAAUGUACAAAAGUCGAUAUGAGGCAGUCACCAAGAAGAAUAUAACUUUAGAAGAGGAAAUCACUGAUCUCGACAAAAAUUUGAAGAGCCUCAAAACGAUUAGUAAAAAUCGGGAUGAUAUGGAAGAACAACUGCUUCGAAUGAAGACAAAAUUGAAAGAAUUGGAAUCGGAAGUUUCAAAAAAGAACUCGGAUAUCGGGGAUUUAAUUUUAGAGAAGCAUCGAAUGGAUGUGGAACUUAAAGAAAGAGAGGAGAGGAUCUUGCAGUUAGAGAUGCCCGGUUCCACCAACAAUACGCCUCGAUUUAUGGAUUCUCUCGCAGAUCAACUAGAGGACGCCAAGCAAGAUGAAGUAGAGCUGAUGAAAGCAGAAAUAAGAAAAUUGAGGGCACAGACGGAAGGAGCCGUUCCGGAUACAACUAUAAUUAUUCACAAUCAAGAAUUGGAAGAUCUCCGCAAACAGCUCUCUGCCGAACAACACAAAAAUACUGAACUACACCUCGAAAUUCAAAAACUCCAAGUUGAAAGAGAACAAAUUGAUGGAAAUAUGGAACGAAUUGGAAUUGAAUUAGAAGGAACCACAGAGCAAGUCGAGAAUUUGAGUCAUGAGAGAGAUGAGGCUAUACGAAUGCUUCAUGAAGCCCGGCGAAAGUUUGGACAGUUUCAGACGGAGUUUGGAGUAAAAUCUGAUGAGAAAUUGAGAAAAUUCCAAUGUGAAAUAGUGAGCAUGAGAGAAAAAGAAGAAGAAAUGGAGUUUCAAGUUGGAAAAGCAAAGGAAGAGAAUAGACGUUUGCAAUUUGAGUUGGAUGAGGUGCACGAAGAAAAAUCGCAAAUCGAAGAGUCCUUGAAAUCUCUGGAGCGUUCGAAAAAAUCUCUCGACUUGGAGAAGACAAGCUUAAAGUCAAGACUUGUUGAGUUAGAAGACCUCAUUGAAUCACAAAAGAUGACUAUAUUGAAUACGAAGGUUUCUCAAAAACGGCUGGAAGAUCGAGACGCAUUGAUAAACUCUCUACACAAUCAAAAAAAUGAUUUGGAAAAUGAAUUGAAGACCUGUCAAACUCAUCUUGAUUUAGAAUCCAACAAACUUCAACGAUUUAGAGAAGAUCUAGUUCAAGAGAAGUCAAAACGUGCAGAUUUGGUAGGACGGCUGCGAUCGUUGUGCACGACGUUGUCACUAAAUGGAGCACAGUUUGAUGUCGAAAAAACCGAUGAUGAGCAAUUGAUCGCUAGUAUUGAUGAUGUCAUGAUGAAUGCUUUAGUAGCUGUGAAAAGAGAAAGAGAUGACUUGAGGAUUCAAGGAAAUCAGCAGAUUGCCGAGUUACACGAUUUGAAGCGAGACAUUGAAAAGUUGAGACGUAGCGAGUCAGCUUCACUCAACGAAAGCGAUGAUCGGGUCCGGGAGCUCACUAAAGAAAACAUGAACACCAAGGAACAAGUUUUCAUGCUCCAAGAGAAACUGCGAGAGCUUAAUCUGGAAUUGUCCACCAAAAAUAAUGAACUAGACAUUUCCAAAGCAUCUAUAGAAGAACUGAGUCGGAAUUCGAUGUCAUCUACUUCUAACAAUUCUGAAAUUGCACGCCUCCAAGUCUCAAUCCGAAACUCUCAAAUCCAAGAGGACCUUGUGAAGCAAGAAAACUCAAAAAUUAUAGAGGAACUUCAAGAUCUUCAAAAGCAAAACAAAAAUGUAUGCCAUAACUUGGAUGAGUUGGAAUCGAUGCACAAGGCUCUUCUAGUGGACCACAGUCGACUUCAACAACUGCAUAAUUUGUUGACUAAAGACUAUGAUCAAGCCAAGAAAGAGACAAUGGAGUUGAAACUAAAAGUUCAGAACAUUCCAAAGCAGCAAGCAGUGUAUAUGAAUGCCAACAUUCGAGAGUUGGAAGCAAAACUAUCCGAAGAAAUAUCAAGGAAAGAAUUACAAAAUCGCCAGUUUCAGGAUCUGGAAAGAGAACACAAAAUGUGCAGAAUACACUGUGAUAACUUGAGACGUGAUAUCACUGAAUUGGUUCAAACUCGCGAUGAGCUUUCCUUGGAACUCCGUCGAGCCCACGACACUUGUGUUUACAAGAAUAAUUCCAUUGAUGACCUCAAAAAACAACUGAGUCAAAAGAUUUCGGAGAUAAAUAAGCUUAACUCAAAAAUCGAUGCUUUGAGUCAACUCAACCGGACUUAUAACGAGGAGAACAAAAAUUUGUCGAGACAAUUAGAAAUUUUGUUGACUCAAAAUAAAGAGUUGUUGCAAAGAGCACUACAUGAUAAGGAUCAGUAUCAUUUGGAAAUGAAAGACUAUCAGGACCAACUCUCGGCACUCAGACGACACAAGGAGAAACUUGAAGACAAAAUUAUGGAUCAAUACCGUACAAUGGAAAACAAAAAGCCUACUCCUGAAAGAAAACAACCAUUAGUGAAACGGGCAGCUAAGGCUUUGAUUAAUAGACGACGCGCCACAUCCAACGGCGGCUCCACAACCGAAGACAGCAGCGUCUACUCAGCUGACGAGCGUAGCUCUCCACCACUUGCCCCCGGAACUCCGGACGAUAACGACAACCUACCACCAACAUGCUCUUCAUCAGAUGAUCAUGAAAUCGUUUCCCCAGAUUUCUCCGAGAAAAAUGUCCGUCCCGGAAUGAGGUCUCGAAAUGACUUCUUGGGAGGUUCCGUAAGAAUACCAGCGGGCGCAAGGAGAUACUUGAAUGAUAAUGAGAAUCACAACCAAAGCACUUCAUUCCUUCCUCCACGUGUCCCUCUACGAAACACACCUACAACAUCGUCACUCCGUUCUCGACCACCGCCACCGCCGUACAACCCACGAGGUCCUGUCUCUAAAACCCCACAUUAUCGAGAAUCGGAUGAUAGCCCUAGUAGGAAACCUGGAAACUUGUCGUCGUUGUUUGAACCUAUUGCACAUUCAACGCCGAACUCGAGCUUAUUGGGAAGUCCUGAUCGACGUGUCGUAGCAGAAGGAGAGAAGAGGGAAGCGGUACGGGACAAGGACGAACGAAUUGACAAAACCCUCAGUUAUUACGAGAAUGUCAACUUACCUCCAUCUCAAUCAUCCAGUUCUCCAGAUUACCAGGACGUUAAUCCAAACGAAAAAACUCUCUGGUUGGCAUAUGGAUGCGUCUAA